CAUCGGCUUGGACCUUAACUUGAUAAAAAUGGAUAAGCAAAUCACAACAAGCAAAGCACACUGUUUGGUGUUAGCAUAUCCAGCACUAGGCCACAUCAACCCCAUGAUUCAACUCUCCAAGCUAUUGGAACAUCAAGGGGUGAGAAUAACUUUUGCAACAACUCGUUUCUACUCCAAGAAUUCGCUAAAGGUACCUCCUUCUAUGGCACUCGAAACCAUUUCUGAUGGGUUCGACGACGUUAGGCCGACACAGGGCGAGACCAGCAAAGCCUACGUAGACCGGUUUUGGCAAGUUGGGCAAGAAACUCUUGCUGAACUUCUCGAGAAACUUGGUGAAUCGAAAAACCAUGUUGAUUGUGUUGUUUAUGACAAGUUCUUCGCUUGGGCACUAGAUGUUGCCAAGAGGUUUGGAAUAGUUGGAGCUGCUUAUCUCACUCAAAAUAUGACUGUGAAUAAUAUAUACUAUCACGUUCAGUUGGGAAAGUUGCGUGCUCCUCUCGCAGAGCAUGAGAUUUCACUCCCUAAGUUGCCUAAGCUUCAACACGAGGACAUGCCAUCUUUUUUCUUUACGUAUGCACAAAAUCCAACUCCCUUUGAUUUUGUUGUGUCUCAGUUCUCCAAUAUCGACAAAGCUGAUUGGAUCCUGUGCAAUACGUUCUACGAACUGGAUAAAGAGGUAAUUAUCAAGAAGAUACUAAUUAAAUUUACAUAUGUUCUAUACAGGAUUAAUAAUCCUCCAUUGAAGACUUCUUCAUGGAGAUUUCAAGCUACUUCCCUCAAGAACAUUCGGUCCAAGCAUGGAACUAGUGAAGAAUCUCAAUCUUCUUCAACCUAG